AAAGACUCUCUGCGUUCUGCUUCUUUUCCGCUGUGCUGCAGCUGCAUCCAACUUUUUUAAACGCUAAAAGAACAUAGAACGCGCGUUCUGUGCGUGUUUGUGAACGGCCCAGAAAUUACAGGCUUAGGACCACGCCUGUCCUAGAAGGAGGAGUGGGUUAAGGCGUAAGCGAAGAAUUUUUUCACUGCCACACUUUACAGCUGCAAAGUAGCACAGGGCAAAAAAAGUUCGAAAAUGUCCGGCGUGGCAUCCACACUCGCCAAGAAGAGAGCCGAGGCGGCUUCUGGCUUCGGGACGAACGCAAAUGCGGUGAAGUACCUGAACCAGAACUUUGAGAGUCUGAGAAGUGAGUGUCUGAGCCGUGGCCAGCUAUUCUGCGAUGCAACCUUCCCAGCCGCUCCCGAGUCUCUGGGCUUCAACGAACUCGGGCCACGAUCGCCAAAAACCAGAGGUGUUGUGUGGAAAAGACCUGGGGAACUGACCUCCACUCCGGAGUUUAUUGUUGGAGGGGCUACAAGAACAGAUAUUUGCCAAGGAGGUUUGGGUGAUUGCUGGCUCCUAGCAGCCAUUGCUUCCCUAACCCUCAAUGAAGACGUUUUGGCUCGUGUCGUUCCAUCCAACCAGGGCUUUGGGCAAGACUAUGCUGGAAUUUUCCACUUUCAGUUGUGGCAGUAUGGGGAAUGGGUGGAUGUGGUGGUGGAUGAUCGAUUGCCCACUCGAGAUGGAGAACUGCUGUUUGUUCAUUCUGCCACAGGCUCAGAGUUCUGGAGCGCCCUGCUGGAGAAGGCCUAUGCUAAAGUGAAUGGAUGUUAUGAAGCUCUGUCUGGAGGUUCUACCACAGAAGGUUUUGAGGAUUUCACCGGUGGGAUUGCAGAAAUAUACGAGUUGAAAAGCGCCCCAUCCAACAUGUUCCAAAUCAUCAGGAAGGCCCUUGAAUCUGGAGCUCUGUUGGGAUGCUCCAUAGAUAUCACCAGUGCAGCAGACUCAGAGGCCAUCACUAAUCAAAAGCUUGUGAAAGGGCAUGCCUACUCUCUAACUGGAGCAAUUGAGGUUAAUUAUCGAGGCCGAAAGGAGAAGCUGGUUAGAGUUCGUAAUCCUUGGGGUCAGGUGGAAUGGACGGGGGCCUGGAGUGACAACUCUUCUGAAUGGAAUGCUGUCGAUUCAUCUGAACGUGAGAAUGUGAAGUCAGAAGAUGGAGAGUUCUGGAUGUCAUUCUCCGAAUUUCUGAAGCAAUAUUCCCGCCUAGAGAUCUGCACUCUGACCCCAGACACACUGACAUCUGACUCCGUCAAACAUUGGAGUACAUGUAAAUUCGAUGGCACCUGGAGACGAGGCUCUACGGCUGGUGGAUGCAGGAACCAUCCAUACACCUUCUGGAUGAAUCCUCAGUUUAAGAUCAAACUGGAGGAGGAAGAUGAUGAUCCUGAUGAUGAUGAAGUGGGCUGCAGUGUGCUGAUUGGCUUGAUUCAGAAGAACCGGCGUAAGCUGAGGAAGUCUGGAGAGGACAUGCACACCAUCGGCUAUGCCAUCUAUGAGGUUCCUCCUCAGUUCCAUGGGCAAAAGGACGUUCAUCUGGAUAAGAAUUAUUUCCUGAGCCACGCUCAGAAAGCUCGAUCUGAGACCUUUAUCAACCUUAGAGAAGUCAGCACCCGCUUCAAACUUCCUCCAGGAGAAUAUCUCAUCGUCCCUUCCACAUUCGAACCGCACAAGAAUGGAGACUUCUGUGUGCGUGUGUUCUCCGAGAAACAGUCUGAGAUGCAACAAUGUGAUGACCCAAUAGAGGCAAACAUAGAAGAUGAGACUGUGUCUGAAGAUGAGGUUGAUGCUGGCUUUAGGGGACUGUUUACUAAACUUGCAGGAGAUGACAUGGAGAUCUCUGCCACUGAACUGAGAACAAUUUUCAACAAAAUAGUCUCAAAAAGAACGGAUAUUAAGACAGAUGGUUUCAGUUUGGAAACAUGUAGGGUCAUGGUGAACCUCAUGGAUGAAAGUGGCAAUGGUAAACUAGGGUUAGCUGAGUUUGCCACUCUUUGGAAGAAAAUUCAAAAGUAUCUGGUCAUUUAUAAGAAGAAUGACAUGGAUGGGUCCGGCUGUAUGAGUACACCAGAGAUGCGAAUGGCUUUAAAGGAAACCGGGUUCUCUCUGAAUGACUGCAUUCAUCAGAGUCUGGCUGCACGCUAUGGAGAUACAGACAUGAAGAUCGACUUUGAUAACUUUGUGUCCUGUGUGAUGCGCCUGGAGAUGAUGUUCAAAGUGUUCAGAAGGAUUGACAUAGACAACAGUGGGUUCAUUGAGUUGGACUUCUUCCAGUGGCUGACGUUUGCUAUGAUUUAAAGGCCCAGAGGAUUAUAAUGAAUAGUAUUUUUAUUGUGCUAGUUAACUUACACAGAAGACCAUCAUAAAUUGGUCAUAAAUGCUUCAUUAGUAUGGUGGACAUCCUAGAAUUUGUAAAUGUGUUCAUUGUACUUUGCUUCAAAGAUACAAGCAUAGUUGCCUGUUGUUUUAUUUGUAAUGCACUUUCCUCUUACUGCAGUGCUUGCAAGGCAUCAUUGUUUAGAUUUUUUUGCUGCUCCAAAUUGUGUGGCUCGUUGAUGACAAUUGUGCAAUUACUUUAAAUGAUCGGACUUAUGUUUUUCACCUGGUCAUAUAGAGUUAAAGAGUUACACAAAGUUACACAUCCACCUUUUUAAUCCUGUAAGAGUGGCACAACCAUUUGUAAAUUCUAUGGGUCUAGCUUCCAGUCUCAUCCGCAUCCAGCUAUUUUUAGCUGUACAAAACAGCUUGUUUUGCUGGUGUGUCUUACCAUAUAAUGUAAUGUAUUAUGUUUAUUAUUUGCACACUGGUUUAUAAUGCAAACAGUUUUACUGUUUACUGCACAUUGUUAUUCUUCUCGUUAUUUCCCUAUAGCGGCUAAUGAACCGGAAGUCUUGCCCAUAGGCGUACUUCCGCACUGAAAAAUAAGGUGGAUAGGGACCAGAUUAUCAAAUCAAACUUGAAAGUGAACACUUUUGGCCAGUAAGCAACUACAUAGCAAUGCUCUGGCAAUUAAUCUAGCAUCUUGGUUUUGUGAGCAAGCACCACUCACAUUUUUUAUAUAUAAAAAACAAAUUGUGAAACCAACAGUAAAAUUACAGUCCUGAUGAGAUCGCUUAACAAAGUAAGAUUUUCUGCUUCCAUGUUGUUGUUUUUUCUAUUGAAGUUUGAAUGGGAUAUAUCGUAGGAAUUGUCACCACAUUAUAACAGCAGAGAAGUAUGAUUUGUUAUUGCUAAUCAGUGGAGUUAAGCCACAAAACUCUCUUUUUGCUCCAGUGCACAGAAUCCAUUUAAACUUUUUUGUCAGUUGUCGAUUUGUUGUUGUUUUUUUAUGCUUUUUUUAAUGAAAUUUAAAAUUCAAGCCUAAAACCAAGUUUACUUUUCUUUGCUGUCUUGCAAGCAAUGGUAUUCUUUGUGUA